UCCAUAUCCCGCUCUCUCUAUCCCUCUUCCUCUCAAACAUUCUUAUCAACCAAACAACAAAUGGCACACACACUGAGCUUUCUUGCUUUUACACUUGUCUUCAUUUUAUUUGCUUCAUCACCUCCUGCUAUUAUUGCAGAACCUGCACAAUAUAGUGUGCAGAGUUAUGGUGCCAAGCCCGAUGGCACAACUGACUCAACCAAGGCCUUUCUUGCUGCAUGGGACCAGGUCUGUGGGUCUACGGCACCUGCCUCUCUAUACGUGCCUUCAGGGAAGUUUUCUCUAGGCAAAGUGACCUUUCAGGGCCCCUGCAAGAACAGUGCCAUUGUAGUUACUAUCGAUGGUACCCUUGUGGCUCCGUCGGAUUAUUCGUCUAUUGGUGAUGAAAAAAAUUGGCUAAUGUUUGAGCAUGUUGAUGGGGUUACCGUUUCCGGUGGUAUACUGGACGGUCAAGGCACUGACUUGUGGUCAUGCAAAGCCUCCGACAAGAGUUGCCCCGAAGGAGCAACGUCAAUAGAAUUUUCCAAUUCCAAUAAUAUUGAAAUCAAUGGAUUAGCAUCACAAGAUAGCCAGAAGUUUCACAUUGUCAUCAACGGCUGCCAGAAUGUGAAAGUACAAAAUGUGAGAGUCUCUGCCCCUGGCGACAGCCCGAACACUGAUGGUAUUCACGUUGAAUCAUCAACUGGUGUCACAAUCUUGAAUUCCAAGAUUGGUACAGGUGACGAUUGUGUAUCAGUUGGCCCUGGCACCACUAAUCUAUGGGUUGAAAAUGUUGCUUGCGGCCCUGGCCAUGGAAUCAGCAUUGGAAGUUUAGGCAAGGAACUUGAAGAAGAUGGAGUGCAAAAUGUAACUGUUAAGACUACUACCUUUACCGGCACUGAAAAUGGUGUGAGGAUUAAAGCCUGGGGGAGACCCAGCAAUGGUUUUGCUAGGAACAUUCUUUUCCAACAUGCUGUUAUGACCAAUGUCCAAAACCCAAUUUUGAUUGAUCAAAAUUAUUGUCCUGGCGACAAAAAUUGUCCUAACCAGGAAUCAGGAGUUAAAAUUAGCGACGUGACAUACCAAGACAUCCAUGGAUCAUCAGCAACGGAAGUGGCAGUGAAAUUGGAUUGCAGCACCACGUAUCCAUGCACUGGAAUUGAAUUGGAGGAUGUGAAACUGACUUACAAUAAUCGGCCAGCUGAAGCUUCCUGUACCAAUGCCGCUGGGACAGUUUCUGAUUUUGCUGAGGCCUCAAGCUGUCUGUAGAAGGGGCCAAUGUCUGGCUUCAGGAUUUUGAAUAAUAACAAUGUUAGGAGUAAGGAAACUAGUUCAUGGAGUGCUUUGAGCUUGGUCAUUGGUUGAUUAAAAAUGGAUUUAUUGCCCGAGCCCGUGGCUUUUAGGCCCAAUUUAGCUUUGUUGGAGCGCCCGGCCCUGCAAUUAUCCCUUGAUUCUACCUAUGUUGUCAACUUACGAGAAAUAUAUUUUAUGUUAUUAUUA